UUGUAAAUAUUGACAAGAUUUUAUCAAAAAUUCCAACAAAGAAACAUAAACUUUAAUUAAGCAUAAUGGAGGCGAAAAUGGACAGUAUCUUAGAUGCAAUGAUGCAAAGGGAUCAAGUAACAGGUGUUCUAAUUGCAGAUAAUCAAGGAUUAUCGUGUGGAACUAGAGGAAUGGCACAUUCGCAAGCAUCAGGUCUGAUAACAGAAAUUUCACAUCAAGCUGCAAAGAUUCAUCCGAAUUUAGAUGCACCAGUUGUCAUUUUAGAGUCAGAAAACACAUCUGUGACGAUAUCAAAAUACGGACCACAUACUGGUGCCAUUUAUAAAAAGAAAUCUCCAUCAAAGAAGUAAAUAUAAGAAUCAUUGAGCUAAUAAGACUAAGGAAACAAAAAAUAAAAAAAUGCUGUGGAACAUAAAAUAUUAAAUUUGUGAGAUUUUAGUGCCGAGCAGCACUCAAUAAAAAAUUAAAGAUGAAUUAAGAAGAAAAUGAUGUAUUAUGCCAAUAAAACAUA